UAGUCCUAAGCAAAGUCAGUGAUGCGUGAACUAAUCAAUUAAGGGAUAUCCUGGUAACACCUUGUUGUAUCGAUAAGGUGUGCAUAUGUGUAUCACUUUUACUACAAUACACAAUUUAAGGGUCUGAUACAGAUCGACGUGGAUUUAAGAUUAUUGCAUCAGUGUUGUUGUUGUUUGUUUUAACGAAAGUACACGUUUGUAUGACGCAUCAGUUUAUAUCACGUGACGGUAAAAUGGCGAUGUUGCUUGCUUACACGCAAAAUUCCGGUUUAAAGCAUGUUGUCAUUGUCGAUAAUGGUGUACUCAUCAGGAAGGAUGCUUGAAUUGUUAAAGGACAAUUGAAUUUUUACUGUUAUUCCAGUUUUUCAUAAUGGAGGAAGCGACGGGGGGUUCUCUUGAUGACGAAAAUGCAAACAGUGGUUCUGACAGCCUCAAUUGCUCCCAGACGACCAACGAGUUGAGACAUGCCCUGUUGCGUCCACCAAAUAAGAAGAGGUUUGAUGAAGAAAAAGAGGAAAUCAUGAGGGAAAUUCAAGUAAAAGACCAAGAACUGAAAUCACUCGCAGCUGUAAGCCCAAAUGCGAAGACAGCGCGACAUAAAGAAAUAAGACUCGAAAGGGAAGCUGCAAUUGCCAAACGUAGAAAUAUUGAUACAGAGCUAGCAACCCUGAAGCAGCAAAUUACAGAGAAGAUGGGCCAGCUGUCACGCACAGAGUCAAACCUGCACAUCAAGAAUGAGCAGAAGAUUGACGACACCAUCAAGAAGCUUGAGUGGCAGCUGAGACAACAGAACUUCCGGCUCGCCGAGGAGCGCAGGAUAGUGGCCGAGGUCGACAAACUCAAACGCUCCAAGAAAUUCCUCGAAGAAUACAACUCACAGAAGAAAGAAGUGGACAAGAUGAGGGCAGCCCAGAAAAAGUUCAGAGAGGAAAAAGACGUCAUCCACCAGACAGUGUUCAGUUUGAACAAGCAGGAGGAAGAGCUUCGGAAAACCAGUCAGGACCAGAAAAUGAAAUAUGAGGAGUGUAAAAGAGAGUUGGACCGCCUGCAUGAGAAGAAGCGGCAACUGUUGUCAGAGCAACAGAGGUGCGAGAAUGAGCUGAAGCAAUGGAGGUCACGCAAGAGAAGUGAGAGCUUCCGUAGACGGGAGGAGCUACGUCUGGCCAAGGAGGAGCAAUGGCAGAAAGAACAACUGGAAUUCGAAAAAUAUCGCCAGCCAUUUGAGGAUGAGAUAAACCUCUGUAACACACUGAUCAGUUAUGUGCAGCGCUACGUAGAGAAAGAUGACUCAGCAUAUUUAGCGAGUCCACGGGAAGAGAAUCCCCACCCACCCUUGGGAAGCAGUAGCUCAUUUGGCCCAGCAGACAGUCUAGAUGAUGGCAAGUUUGUCCUACUAAAGAAAUCAGAGGAGCCUAGCAUUGACUACGCUGUGGGGAACCGACCCCGAAGAUCCAGCAAGAAGAGCAGGAAACUCUCUGGGACCAAGCCGUUGCCCCACACACCACAGAUCCUGAAGCAGUUCUCCUCCCUGAAGCUGGAAGCCCCUGGCAACGUCUCCAAGGUGCAGAGCACGCUUGAUCAGCUGACCGAGAGAAAGAAAUACUUUGAAGAGCAGGCAGCCCUGAAGUCGCUUCAGAUGCUGGGCAACCUUAACAGCUCAUUCAGUGGGUCCAUGACAGGAACCCUGGACUCACCGAUGCGUGAGCGGGCAACCACGUGGGGGAUGUUCGAGAUGCCGCCUGCCAUAUUGGAGACCCGGACGCCCAGCGACACCGGGGAGAGUGGGAUCCACGACAUGUCCCGCCAGGCCAGCAAGACUGAGAGCUCUGAGAGCACGGCGGAGGUCUCCCAUUGUGAUCAGGUUCUGGAGGAUCUCAUAAAGCAGUCUGCUGAAUACCAGGAGAGCGAGGCAUCCCGGUCGUCAGGGGAUACCAUCACCAUGGAGAUGGAAGAGAUCCCUAGCAACCAGGCAUACAGUAGCAACCAGACAUCUGAUUAUGAUCCAAAGUCAGCAGUGAGUCAGGAUCAUUCGGAAGCUGUGUUUGCUCAGGACAAUCACUCCAUGGACCAUGACUUAGCUGAAAUUAAUUUGGGAAAGAAAACGAUCUCGCAGUCGUUUGGUGAUUUACUAAACAAGGGUGGGCACUUGUUCAGUUUGAUGAACAAAGAAAUCAGCUCCAAUAUAGAGAACUAUGACACUGACUUUCCCCCAACAUUGUGUUCAGGGACGGAAAAAGCAUUAAGUGAUAAAAGAGAUUGUGAUAAUCUAAAAACAGCAUCUGCAGGGGCCUCAUUCUUGCAGAUUUCCUCAGAAAUAGGUGACGACUCAUCGUUGACAGGUAUCUCAGGUACAUGUAAAUCGCCAGUUUUGUAUCAGGGUGUGACUGGAUGUGAUAUCAAGACCAUUAGUGCCUCUUGUGUGGUCGUCAAGGACAGACCACAUGACCUGAACAUAGCAACGGGUGGGGGAAAAGCCAGGGACAAUAUAUGGCAGGUUAUGACCCAACAGGGAGUGAACUGGAAACAAAACAUGACAGGGACGGACUGUGAUGACGAGGCGGUCGUUCGUGAUUUAGAUGAGCUUGAGCUAGAAAACGAAAUCGACGAAGUCACUCAUUUGUGAUGAAUGCUUGCUCUUAGGUUAUAGUUUUUAUUUACACUGUCAAAGUUUUAUUUCACUUUUUGAGUCAUAUUUAUUUGAAAAAAAAGUGAUUUAUUUUGUAAUUCAUUCAAGAAUGUUGACUACGGUAUACUGUGUGCAUGGAUUAUUUGAUUAUCUUCAACUUUGAUGUAUGUUUUAAUGCAUUUCUUGUUUUGAAUGCCUAACACCUAUGAAAGAUUUGUUCUUCAUCAAAUCCUUUUUAAUUUUUAUUUUAUAAUUUUUAGAAUAAUUUGUUUGGGCAUUGAAAAAACAUUCUUUCGUUGAAUUGUUUUCAAUUGUGGCAAGCUUGCAGCUUAGUACAAACAGGAUUUUUAAGUAAAAUUAAUUUUUAUUUAUUAUUUUGAUUGUUUAAUGAUAUUCAAUAUUUAUGUAUUUAUUUAAAGGUACACAGCAUCUAUACAGAAUGUUGUAUUAGUAUUAAGUUUUUAUAUAAUGCUAUUAUUUUAUUUAAAAAGUAUUUCAUCAGUUGAAAGAUUAUAUGUGUCGCGUUCUAAGAAAACUGGGCAUAAUGCAUGUGCAUAGUGUUGUUCCAGAUUAGCCUGUGCAGUCCGCACAGGCUAAUCAGGGAUGACAUUUUCCGCCUUAACUGGAUUUUCGUGUACAAGAGACUUCCUUUAAACAAAAAAUUCCAUAAAAGCGGAAAGUGUUGUCCCUGAUUAGCCUGUGCGGACUGCUCAGGCUUAUCAGGGACAACACUUUACGCACAUGUAUUAAGCCUAGUUUUCUCAGAACGGGACUCAUAUACAUGAACCAGAAUAUAUUGUGUGCUUAAGUAAUCUCCAUAUGCUUUUGUUAUACAUUUUAUGAAACUAAAAAAAAAAUAUAUAAAAAAAUAUAUAUGGAGACAUAGAAUCUUAAUUACUUAAGUUCCUGUAAAAGUCAUCUCUGAACUUUUUUAAAUUUAAAUCUGUUCAUAGUUUUGAGUAAGUGUAAAGUCUAGAUUGCAUGACUCUUGCCUUUAAGUUGCAGUGAACCUAAAGUAUUAAGGCAUUAUUUAUUACAGAUCUACUGAUAUUAAGUUGUGCAAUUGUAACUCUAAAAAACAGUUAUUUAUUAUUGUGCUACUUGUGCUAAAAUGUUUCCCGAUUUGACCACUUAAUUUUAAAACUUGGACUAAACUUUAAGCACAUGCAUCAAUCCCUGUUUUCUGACCUGGUAUAGGGGUUCUUUGUUUGUUUUUGCAUGUCUAUUAACCAAAAAUGCUAAUAAAAAAGAAGAAAAAAAAACAGCAAAAUGAGCAACACAAAAAUCAAACUAAAACCAUAAACUGUGUAAUGUAUAUAUUAUAAACAGUAAAGUAUAUUAAAGGGACCUUUUCAGGUUUUGAUAAAUUGACAGAAUUGAAAAAAAGCAGAUUUGCAAAUUUUCAUUGUAAUUAUGUUAUUUGCUUGGAAAAAAUAUUACUGAACACUAACCAUGCUCUAACAUAUCCAUAAUAUGCAUCUUUUGACGAUUUAAAAACCUUAAAAUUAUUUAGCGUUGCAAACGCUUAACAUUAUUCAAGUUUUAAAGGCUUCAUUUCCAACCCUUAGAUACUAAUAAGUAGCAAACAGCAUAAAACCUGAACAGACUGCGAGUUAAUCGCAGGCUGUUCUGGUUUUAUGCUGUUUGCACAUAGCCAUUUUCUCUUUGCUUCUGAGUGGGAAAGGUUUAAAUGGAAAAUAAAAUAAAAAUAAACUAGAAAUGGCGCGGCAGAGGCCGACGCGUAUCCCCACGCCGAAUGUUUGACCUAGGUGUGCCCCAGGGUUGGUAAUGGGGCCAUGCAUAGCUGAGAUUGACCGUAUUGUCAUAAGAGAAGUUCAUCAUCAAUUAGAAGUGAAUUGGUGUAGAAAUGAAGAAGUUAUAGUAAAAGGCAAUUUUGGGUGGGUGUGACAUGUGGGCAGGGCGCCCCAGGGUUGGUAAUUGUGCCAUGCAUAGUUGAGAUUGACCGUAUUGUCAUAAGAGAAGUUCAGUAUCAAUUUGAAGUGAAUCGGUGUAGAAAUGAAGAAAUUAUAGUAAAAGGCAAUUUUGGGCGGGUGUGGUCUAUGUGGGCGGGGCGCCCCAGGGUUGGUAAUGGGGCCAUGCAUAGUUGAGAUUGACUGUAUUGUCAUAAGAGAAGUUCAAUAUCAAUUUGAAGUGAAUCGGUGUAGAAAUGAAGAAAUUAUAGUAAAGGCAAUUUUGGGUGGGUGUGGUCUAUGUGGGCGGGGCCCCAGGGUUGGUUAUGGGGCCAUGCAUAGUUGAGAUUGACCCUAAUGUCAUAAGAGAAGUUCAGUAUCAAUUUGAAGUGAAUCCGGUAUCAAUUUGAAGUGAAUCCGUGUAGAAAUGAAAAAAUGAAGAAAUUAUAGUAAAGGCAAUUUUUGGUGGGUGUGGCCUAUGUGGGCGGGCGCCCCAGGGUUGGGAUUGGGGCCAUGCAUGGUUGAGAUUGACCGUAUUGUCAUAAGAGAGGUCCAGUAUCAAUUUGAAGUGAAUCGGUGUAGAAAUAAAGAAGUAAAUGUAAAAUAACCUAAAAAAAUGAGUGAUAAUUUCUGACGCGGCCCCACCCCAACCGCUAUAACUUUUGACCCAGAGGUCAGAUCAAAAUUCCAAAUAGUGCAGGGUCGCACAUAUGCUCAUAGCUACCAUGUGUGUAAGUUUCAAGGUUCUAGUGCUUUUAGUGUAGGAGGAGAUAGUGGCCAGGACGGACGGACAGACAGACGGACGGACGGCGGAGAUAACCACAAUAUCCCCACCUUUUUUUCAAAAAGCGUGGGGAUAAUAAACUCAAGUCUAUGGUAUAAAUGAGGAAUUUGCUUUGCUUAAAAUUGUAUGCAACAGUCAUUAGACAUUAUUUUAUAGUUAAUAGACGACAUUCAAUAAACAGAAUUUAGUUGGUUGUAAUGACAUUAAUUGUGUUUUUAGCUCAAUAUGGAUAUAAAUGUAUUUCAUGGGAUACACAUUUCAUUGAGUACUUAAGUAUAUAUACGUUAUACACAUAUGCAUUUAACUUUGAUUCCAUAUUGUUCUUUCAUUCCUUUUGGGUUUGUAAUGCAUUUGCCUAUUCAGCUACAUAUUUUUAUUUAUUAGGUAAUCGGUUUUGUGAAAAUUAAGCAAAAUGCAUGUGUGUGAAGUUAAUGGUAUUUUUUGUUUAAAGGAAGUCCCUUUUUACCGAAAAUCUAGUUAAAGCGGAAAGUGUCGUCCCUGAUUAGCCUGUGUGGACUACACAGGCUAAUCUGGGACGACACUUUACGCACAUGCAUUAUGCCCAGUCCGCUCAGAAUGUGACUCAUAUUUUUGUUUAUAAGGUUAUCUGUUUUGUCCUGAAACAUUUUUGCUCAUGAUUUGAAAAGUUGGAGAAUUGUUUUAACAGUCAAACGUGUGCUACAUAUAUGUUUCACCGGCUUAAAAACCAAGGAGACAAAGAAACAUUUGAUUUGUUUCAGUUUUGUAAAAGUUGUCUCCCGUAUCUAGGAGUUAGUUUCUGAAGACACCUAGCUGUUAUCAUUAUGCGUGAAUGACAACAAUACUAUAUUAUGGUUCUCACUUUGGUCUUCAACAAAACUGCCUACAUGUAUGAAAUUAUCUAUAAUCCAAUUGUACAACUUCAAAUAAAAUUUGCUACAUGACAAUGAAAUUCAGACUAUGCUCACAAGUGUGUAAAAACAUGACGCCCAUAUAACGUAGAUAGGAAGACAUUCAGGGUAAUGAUGUUGGUAUAUGUAUUGAGACUUUGUUUUAAAAGUUUAAUUAUUAAAUAUACAGAAACUAAACAAUUGUGUUGCAUUGUUUUACAUCUAGCCAUCUGGCUUGAAUGUGUGACUUCAAAAAUCUGUUUUAAUUAAGUGUGUUGUUUUUAUGCCCCCGAAGGAGGGCAUAUAGUGAUCGGACCGUCCGUUGGUCCGUCUGUCUGUCUGUCUUUCCGUCACACUUUGCAUUUAGGUUUCGCAUAUAGGUUUCAAAAAAUGCUCAUAACUUCUAUGUCGCUUCAGAUAGCAACUUGAUGUUUGGCAUGCAUGUGUAUCUCAUGGAGCUGCACAUUUUGAGUAAUGAAAGGUCACGGUCAUCCUUCAAGGUCAAAUGUCAAAUAUAUGGCUUCAAAGCGGCACAGAAGGGGGCAUUGUGUUUCUGACAAACAUCUCUUGUUUAAAUACAUAUGAUUAACUGCAUAUAGUGUAAACUGAUGCAUGUUGGUAUUCUGUGACUAAAGCUGUUCUUGUUAAAUGAUUUUUUUAGUCAUAAGCAUGCUGAAAUAUUAAAGCAUAUACCAUUAUAUAGUCAAUGUGUGUUCCCUUCCGAAAUGACUUUAUUAAAUUAUAUUAAUGCAAUUCACAUAUCAGUUUUUUAUACUACAUGUAUCAUUUGUAGUAAGUUUUUCAGAAAAUUGGUAUCUGUGUGUACGUACGUACGUGCAUAUGUAAUUAUCCCCCGCCAGAGGCAGGGAAUAUUGUUUUGGCGUUGUCCGUCCGUCUUUCCGCCCGUCCGUCUGGCACUUUUAUGUCAGGAGCCAUAUCUUGGAAUAGCUUUGGCGGACUUCAUUGAAACUUGGUAUGAGUAUAUAUAUGGAUAAGAGGAUGAUGCACGCCAAAUGGCAUUGUAAACCAUCUGUUAAUUAUGGAGUUAUGGCCCUUUGUAUCUUGAAAAAAUGCUUUUUUGUGUCCGGAGCCAUAUCUUGGAAGUGCUUUGGCAGAUUUCAUUGAAACUGAGUAUGAGUAUAUAUAUAUGUGGAUAAGAGGAUGAUGCACGCCAAAUGGCAUUGUACACCAUCGCAUAAUAACGGAGUUUUGGCCCUUUGCAUCUGGAAAAAAUGCUUUUUUGAGAGUCAAAUAUAACAUUUUGUGCCCAGAAGCAUAUUGGCGGGGGAUAUCAAUUCAAUGAAUUUGCUUGUUUUACUGAACUUUUACAUGGAUAGAAAUUUUGCAUGAAAGGGGCAUUGAAUGCAUAUCUGAAAAAGUAUAAGUAUAUUAAGAGAUAAAGUAUUGUUAAGUAUUGAGGAUGAUUUUUAUGCCCCGGAAGGAGGGCAUAUAGUGAUCGGACUGUCCGUCCGUCUGUCUGUCCGUCACACUUUGCGUUUAGGUUUUGAAAAAUGCUCAUAACUUCUAUGUCGCUUUAGAUAGCAAUUUCAUAUUUGGCAUGCAUGUGUAUAUGGACAAGGCCUUUCCAUACGCACACAACUUUUGACCGCUGUGACCUUGACCUUAGGGUCCACGUAUAGGUUUCGAAAUCUGCUUUUAGGUUUCGAAAAAAGCUCAUAACUUCUAUCAAGUGUUUAUAGGGGGCAGAAGUCAUCCUAUGGUGACAGCUCUUGUUGUUUAGUGAACUAGUGAGGAUUAAUUUGCUUUGUUACCGGUAAUCAGUGAGGUUCAUUCUAAGUUAUUGUAUAUGAAAAAAAGAAACAUUGUGAUUAUUAUGUUUUAUUAAAUAAUGAUAAUAUACCAUACAUCGAAUUGAUUGAAAAUGUUGUAACUGAUGUGUUACAAAUGGGUGCAAAAUGUUAAGCAGAUUUAGAGGAUAUUGGUUGGUUUCAUUAGAUCAUUAACUUUUUAUGCUCCCCCCAAAAAAUUUUAGGGGGAGCAUAUAGUCGCCGCUUCAUCUGUCCGUGCGUGUGUCCAUCCAUGCACAAUUUUUGUCCGGGCUAUUUCUCAGCAAUUAAUGACCGGAAUUCAAUUAAACUUUAUGGGAAGCUUCACUACCUAGAGGAGAUGUGCAUAUUAUCAGGGGGUUCUGGUCGGAUGAUUUUUCACAGUUAUGGCCCUUUGAAAUUUUCUAUAAAAAAAUAUUGUUCCCCCCAAAUACUGUGCCCUCAAGACGUUUCCUUUAAUCUGAAUUUAUAGUGCAAUAUUGUGACAAAAAAAAACUUUGGGGAGCAUCAACCGUCUCCGACGGUUUCUUGUAUUCUUGAGUGAUCAAAGAAAUUUGUAGUUUCACUAGUGAAUAAAAAAAAAUAGAACUGAACCCAACAUUUUAUUAAUUACAUUUUUAAAGGGUUUUACUGGAGAAUUGUGCAGUGAUACUAAUGUCAUGACAUCAAAAUAUCGAUAUCAUUUUGCAAGUUUUGAGUCUGGUAUUGUUUAUGUUCAAUUUUAUUUUUAUUGAAAUUCAGGCACCAAGCAUAACAGUGCAACAUAUCGGAAACUUUGACUGUUUUGUUUUCAUUGAAUGAAACAGUGAAUAAUCAGUUUAAAAUCAUAAUUAUGUCCUUACAAAUCACAAAGCAUAAAAUAAACCAUAUAUGUGCUCACUCCUGGUACAUUGUUCACUUUUUUUACAAUGUAUGUUCAUGUUGAAAUUUUCUAUAGCAAAUUGUAUAUACUGAUCCAUGCAAUAUUUUUUUCAGAGACAUGUUCUGUUAAAUGUAUCUUUUUUUAAAAUGUUUUUUGAAUGGAUUAUUGCUGUUGGAUAAAUCAUAAAAUGUUGAAUGAUA